ACAGCUUACCUCUUCUCUCUCAUCUCCUGCACACAUAAAUGUCACUGGAUCCCACCACCCAAGCGAACUACACGCAAGUCGCGUCAGAGCACAUCCACUUCGAGUGGACAGUCGACUUUGAGAGGAGGAAUAUUGCCGGCAGCGCAACGCACACGCUCAUCGCGAAAGAGGAUGGUGUGAAAGAGGUCGUCUUUGAUACGAGUGCACUCGAUAUUGAGAAGAUUGAAGUCAAUGGACAAGCCGCCAAGUAUGAACUUAAACCGAAGCACAAAGUCAUGGGAUCGGCCCUGCACAUCACUCUCUCCAAUCCAGUGGAGGCAGGAUCGAAGCUCAAGGUCACUGUCUUCUACAAGACAACCGAAGGCUGCACGGCACUUCAGUGGCUGGACAAAGAACAAACACAGGGCAAAAAGCAUCCGUACCUUUUCAGUCAAUGCCAGCCCAUCUACGCGCGGAGCCUCACGCCUUGCCAGGAUACUCCUUCGAUCAAGACUACAUACUCCGCAAAAGUUGCAUCCGUGCUUCCCACCUUGCUAUCUGCUGUGCGUGUCUCCCCACCCGCGACCGGUCCUGCGCACGCAGGAAAGGAGAUUGGCAAGGACGUCGUCGUCUACGAGUACGAUCAGCCGGUACCCAUCCCCUCGUACCUCAUCGCCAUUGCAGCAGGUAACGUCGUCUACCGUUCCUUCCCUGCAGUCGAGGGUAAAUCCUGGACGAGCGGCAUCUGGGCCGAGCCUGAAAUGAUUGACGCAUGUUACUGGGAGUUCAGCGAAGACACUGGACGGUUCUUGGCGAAGGAGGAAGAGAUUGUCCCGCCAUACAGAUUCAAAGUGUAUGACCUCUUGGUACUGCCGCCUUCGUUCCCCUACGGCGGUAUGGCGAGUAUAUGCGUCUCAUUUGAUGAAAAUGCAUGCCUCAGCUUCUUGACUCCUACGCUCCUUGCCGGCGACCGCUCCCUCGUCGACGUAGUUGUACAUGAGCUCACGCACUCCUGGUUCGGCAACGGCGUCACGCACGCGCACGCGACGCACUUCUGGCUGAACGAAGGCUGGACGACGUAUAUGGAGCGGUUGUUGCUCGAGAAGCUGCACGGGCCCGCCGAGCGCGGCUUCUCGUAUCUCAUCGGUUCAAAGGCUCUCUAUGAUGCGCUCAAGCUGUACGAGAAGCAGCCGCGCUACCAACGACUCGUUAUCGACUUUGAGCCAGGUGAGGACCCGGAUGACUCCUACAGUCGCGUGCCCUACGACAAAGGUUCGAACUUCUUAUUGCACGUCGAGCGAACCCUCGGUGGUCUAGAUGUUUUCUUGCCGUACGUGAACGAUUAUGUGAGGACCUUCAUGGGCAAGAGUAUCACCACUCAGCAAUGGAAGGACCACCUGUACGCGUUCUUCCAGAAUACUGACCCCGAGAAGGUCAAAGCUCUCGAUACCAUCGAUUGGAAUGCUUGGUUCUAUGGCGAAGGCACUGAAAUGCCAUUCAAAAUGCAGUACGAUUCCACGCUGGCGCAGCGGGCUUGGGCUCUUGCUGAGCGGUGGGAUAAGGCUCGGUCCACCGACCUCGCCAGCCUGGACUUCCAGGAAUCCGACGUGUCAGACUUCAGUUCUAACCAAAAGAUCGUCUUCCUCGAGAGACUGCAAUCCUACUCGCCCCUCCCGGAGACUCACAUCACUCUCCUGGGCAAGCUUUAUCACCUUUCGGUCACGGCGAACGCGGAGAUCCGAUUGCGCUUCUAUGAACUUGCGCUUCUCGACACGCGCAGCGCGGGCGCGUCUGCGUUUGCGCACGAUGCGCUUCGGUGGGUCGUUGGCGAGGAUGGCUCGGGCGUCAUCAAGGGCCGCAUGAAGUUCUGCCGCCCCGUCUUCCGCGCGGCGAGCGCGAUCGACAAGGGUGCCGCCGUGCGCACGUUCACACAGCACAAGACAGAGUUCCACCCUAUUGCGCAGAAGUUAAUUGAGAAAGAUUUGGGGUUGGUGUAACCGACUCUGGACAGCACGAGUGCUUGGAUGUAUCUCAAAACUGACAAAACACUAGUGUAAGAUAAUUAAGGCCAAUAUCGUGGCACAAAGGUUGCAGAUUGCGUGCAGCGGCUGUAAUGUGAAGUCACCCGCGUUUGUGCUUCCGUCUCUCCGCAGAUACUGGCCCUAGCCUUAGGACAGGACUUAUUGCGAGAAUCCUUGAUAUAUUCUCAAGCAAUACCCACUCGUUUCUGGGUGCUGAAGAUUGCUACUGCUCUAGCUUCAAUCGGUCGUGGUGCUCUCUACAUGCGGCGAGUGUGGAAACAGGAAUAGCACUGUGCCCUGUCUGUCGAGUCUUCACAAGGAGAGCAGCCGAAAGAGCAAUCCCGUCUUGGUCAUCACCAGAAUAUACACUGUG